GCGGUGUAUUAAGCCGAUAAUGUCAAAUCGGUAGCGUCGUUUUCGUUUCUUUCACAGCUGAUUCCACGCUUGAUUGUGACUAUGAUUGAGCGAAACGAUGUUUAUACAAACAAAUGAACUGGAGCUAUGUUUGUGUCGUUAAUUAAGAUAAAACGUAUUCUCCAACAUAAUUAAAAGUUCAAAAAACUGAAAUGGAAUCGACGGGACAAAAUCAGGUGCAAAAUGUCUCCAACAAUACUGAUAAUUCUGAAAAUAAAGGGAGUUGUUUGUUACUCCGAUAUGCUAGCCAAAAUUCUUUGGAUGAAAGCUCACAGAAGCACAUACCCCGUGAAAGUGGAAGGGAUAAACCACCAUAUAGGAAUCAUCAUCAUACAAACCGAGCCUUUGAUGUCAUUAAUGAAAUGCGAAAGAAAAAUUUAUUAUGUGAUGUAAUUUUGGUGGCAGACGGAGGCUUAGAAGUAGCUGCACAUAAAAUGGUUCUUGCCGCUUGCAGCCCUUAUUUUUAUGCUAUGUUUACAAGUUUCGAGGAACGAGAUCAAAAAAGAAUAACAUUACAAGGUGUAGAUUAUUCUGCACUUGAAUUACUGGUGGAUUAUGUAUAUUCUGCAGAAGUUCAUGUAACUGAAGAUAAUGUACAAGUGUUAUUACCAGCUGCCAACCUUCUACAAUUAACUGAUGUUCGUGAUGCAUGUUGUGACUUUUUACAAGCUCAACUACAUCCAUCAAAUUGUUUAGGAAUUCGUGCAUUUGCAGACCUUCAUGGUUGUCUAGAAUUAUUGUCACAUGCGGAUAGUUAUAUUGAACAACAUUUUUCGGAGGUAGUGGAUGGUGAAGAAUUUUUAACAUUGGCGCCACAGCAGGUAGCUAAAUUAAUUUGCAGUGAUCGCUUAAUGGUACCUUCAGAAGAGAAAGUAUUUGAAUGUGUAAUAUCAUGGGUACAUCAUGAUUUAGAAAAUAGACAAGCACACUUAGCACAAUUAAUGGAGCAUGUACGCUUACCAUUAUUAUCCCAGGAAUAUUUAGUACAACAUGUGGAGGAAGAACCACUUCUUAAGGCAAAUUUACAAUGUAAGGAUUUUUUGAUUGAAGCACUGAAGUAUCAUUUACUUAAAGGAGAACAAAAGUCAUUGUUUAAAACACCUCGUACGAAACCUAGACAACCAAGGGAUUUACCUAAAGUUUUGUUAGUUGUUGGAGGGCAAGCUCCAAAAGCAAUUAGAAGCGUAGAAUGUUACGAUUUUAAAGAAGAAAGGUGGUACCAAGUUUCUGAAUUACCUACACGUCGUUGUAGAGCUGGUUUAUCCGUCCUGGGUGGUCGCGUAUAUGCUGUUGGAGGAUUUAAUGGAUCUCUUAGAGUGCGAACAGUUGAUAUUUAUGAUGCAGCUACAGAUCAGUGGUCACCUUGUCCGGAAAUGGAAGCACGAAGAUCAACACUUGGUGUAGCAGUCCUUGGAAAUUGCAUUUAUGCUGUUGGUGGAUUUGAUGGAUCAACUGGUCUAAAUUCUGCUGAAGUCUACGAUCCGAGAACGCACGAAUGGAGAUUGAUUGCACCAAUGUCAACACGUAGAAGUAGUGUUGGCGUGGGUGUUGUCAAAGGAUUAUUAUAUGCUGUUGGUGGUUACGAUGGAGUAUCUAGGCAUUGUCUCUCCAGUGUCGAGUGUUACAAUCCAGAAAAAGAUCAAUGGAAACCUGUACCUGAUAUGUCUGCACGUCGUAGUGGCGCCGGAGUUGGAGUUCUAGAUGGAAUUCUAUAUGCUGUAGGAGGGCAUGAUGGUCCUUUAGUUAGAAAAAGUGUAGAAGCUUUCAAUCCCGACACUAAUCAGUGGACUUCAGUUAGUGAUAUGGCUCUUUGUCGUAGAAAUGCUGGUGUUGUUGCACUAAACGGUCUUUUGUAUGUGGUGGGUGGUGAUGACGGUUCAUCGAGUCUGGCAUCAGUAGAAGUAUAUUCUCCAAGAACAGAUACGUGGAUAACUCUUCCAACUAGUAUGGGAAUCGGUCGUAGUUACGCAGGAGUGGCAAUAAUCGAUAAACCAAUGCCGUCUAUAGCAUCAAUGUGAGGAUUGCAAUCCGCUGGGCAUGUGUUAGAACAGAGUAAUGACCCGGGUGCCGAAACAUCGGAUCAAUCACGGGAAGCCGGGCCCAGCGGUGUGCAAGUCCAGAAU